AUGCAACCUGAAGUAAAACUUUUAAUAGAGAAGCCGGAUAGAGAGGCAAAAAAAAUUGGGAAAAACUUGCGAAAUGAAGAAGCUGUGACUGAAAAUGCAGAGAACUGCAAUUACAAAAAUCACUUCAAGGAAGAGAAAAGAUUUUGCGAAGAAUUUAACUAUACUUCAAGUGGAACCAAAACGUUUAUUUUUAAAUUUAGCAUUCUUCAACAAGGCUUAAAUAACGCUUAUGCUAAAUAUUUCAGAGAUUUUUUUGUUGAAAUUUGCAUUGUUAUCACUUCUUACUGGGCAGAAUUCUUGUCAAGUGCUUCUGAUGCGAUAUAUCCGGAACAACAAAUUACUUUAAAACAUCAGCCUAAACAGAUGCUUAGCGUAAAGGCUUGUAACGGUCAUUUUUUUCGAGUACUGAAGUAUAAGGCAACAGCAGCUGCGGCUAAACGAAAUUUAACAAAAAGUCUAAGAGUGAUGUACGAACAGAUCAUUAAGCAACCAAAGGAUACUGUAAAAGUGUUUGGCUUGGCUUUAUUGGGGGCUUCUUUACGCAGAUUCUCUGAACGUUAUAAAAAUCCUAGUAUCAGUAAUUUGUAUUUCAAGAUCUCCUUAGCUACACUAAAGUUUGGAAAUGUUGCAACUGAAACUGGAAAAAGCAAUUUGAUGAUGACGAUUCAGCUCAAAGUACUUUGUGCCGCCUUCUUUACAGUACUUAUCUUACGCAGGAAACUUUCUAUCAUGCAGUGGGCAUCGCUGAUAAUCUUGGUUCCAGGCAUUGCAAUGGUUCAACUGUUACCUUCAAAAGGUUAG